CCGGAGGAGCGCCACGCACGUCCACCCUGCUGAGCCUCCCCUCCAUCCUCCUGCUCCACAACCCAAUCCACACCUUGACACCUUGACCCCAUCCCAGUACAGACAACUGCCAUCGAGCUGCCUUUAGAGAAGCCCCAACGACUCCAGCAACUUCAGCGAGGACGAUCUUGACAUUUCCGACAUCUUGCGAUCAUGGCUAACGACGAAUAUGAUUUCCUCUUCAAGGUGGUGCUGAUUGGUGAUUCUGGUGUCGGAAAGUCCAAUCUGUUGAGUCGAUUCACCCGUAACGAGUUCAACAUCGAUUCCAAGUCCACCAUCGGCGUCGAGUUCGCGACCCGCUCGAUCCAAGUCGACUCCAAGACAAUCAAGGCGCAGAUCUGGGAUACUGCUGGCCAAGAGCGCUACCGCGCCAUCACAUCGGCCUACUAUCGCGGUGCUGUCGGCGCACUCCUCGUCUAUGACAUCAGCAAGCACCAGACCUACGAGAACGUCACCAGAUGGCUCAAAGAGCUGCGUGAGCAUGCGGACGCUAACAUCGUCAUUAUGCUGGUGGGAAACAAGAGCGAUUUGAGACAUCUUCGGGCAGUGCCCACAGAGGAGGCCAAGGCGUUUGCCAGCGAGAACCACCUGUCUUUCAUCGAGACCUCUGCCCUCGACGCCAGCAAUGUCGAGCUGGCCUUCCAAAACAUCUUGACGGAAAUUUACCGAAUUGUGUCGAGCAAGGCGCUUGACAGCGCGGACGGCAGCCAGGCACCCAUGGCCGGCACAGGCAUCAAGAUCGACCCCUCCAGAGAGAACGAGGCUCCCAAGGACGGCAAAUGCUGUUGAUCUGUUUUCCUGAUCGGUCGCGCUACUUUUCCAGUGGGGUUUCACAUAUAUGCUGGGCGUACUUCGUGUUCUCCGCGGGCAAGACAUUGUCACUUCCUUGCCGCUAUAAUGAGAAAUGUCAGACGGGCGCAAACAUUGUUGCUGAGGGCAGAGGCCGGGUUUACAGGAUUCCUGCUCUCAUGUGAUACUAGAGGCGCCAGAUUCUUGACUCUCUUUUGUUUAUGCUGUGUCACGAGAGGGCAAUGUGCUGCUAGUACGUUGGUGCACGUGCUCGACGAUCGCUACGACUAUGCCUUAUGUUGGUAGCAAGGCAAUGGACUUAUAAUGAUACAAGUUGAUGUUUUUGCCU